AAUAGCCUCCACAGAAGUAGAUAGUGACAGAUUGUACAUAAGCUUGGCUAAAACACAUUUCUCUCACUUGUAUUGGGAUUCAAGUGGAAAUUCUGUUCGCCUAAAGCACUGGAGAUCAUGUCAUCGAUGACCCAGCAGAAUGGUGUAGGCACAGAAGAAGCCAUGCGUAACGGUGACCUUCACAGAGAAGAUGUAGAGCUGAAAGAGGUCAGAGUUCAAGACGAGACAACCAAUGAAACGACACGUCGUGAGGCUGAUGUGAAACAUCCACUAAUAGAGGAAAAACAUGUUGUAGAAGUAGAAGAUUAUCGGCUAAACGAUGACGACAGAGAAUGGAGUGACGAUGACACAGUAGAAGAGAAGAAUGACGUCUCUUCUUUGAAAUCUGGAUUCGUGUCAAGGGCGGUUCUUGGCAGUCGAGAUUUCUGCAGAAGAAAACUGGCCUUUGUCGUGUCCAAAACUCGGGGCUACCUGCUGUCUGUGAUACUAUUACUUGGCUACCUGGCUUACUUUAUAGCAGCCAUGUGCUACAGAUUUGAAGACGAAAGUUCACAUCGUCUGCUAGGCUGCACCAUAUUAGGUCUGAUCAUUGUAUCCAGGAAAUUUAUACUUACAUGUUUUAGAAAAUUGUUCUUUCGUAUCACUGGCUCUGAUCACGUGACUCUAGUCUGGAAGAAACGUUUGACGACUUGCAGAUUUUUUUUGCGCUGGAUUAUGUAUGGACUUAUGUGUGGUAUCAUAAUUUGGGUGAUUGUGGACAAGGCGAUUGCAGAUCCUAACAAUCUGAGAUCUAUACCUGGCAUUUUGAUUAUCUUGUUGAUAUGCUUGUUUUGUUCGAAUUCUCCAAACAAGAUCAACUAUCACACAAUAUUCUGGAGCGUUGGGCUUCAGUUUCUCUUGGCUCUCUAUGUAUUGAAAUGGAAAUACGGAAAGGCCUCAGUGACCUGGGUCCAAGAAAGAAUCAGCGAAUUCUUCGACAACUCGGACGCUGGGUCCAGACUUAUAUUUGGGGACAACUACAAGGAGCAUUAUCUGAUUUUCGCAGCCUUCCCCUUGUUGUUCUUCAUCAACGGCAUGAUGACUGUACUCUACUACUGUGGCGCUAUGCAGCUCAUCAUUAAUGUUGUAGGAAGUACAUUGACUUUUGUUUUGGGUACAUCUGCGGUGGAGUCUAUGGCCGUAGCAGCAGGGGUCUUCAUGGAAGGGGUGGCGUCUCUCACAGCCUUUAAGCCGUAUCUAGGUGGUCUGUCCAAGUCUGAACUGUUUUUGGUCAUCACUUCCUGUUUCUCUUCUAUCGGCAGCACAUUUCUGGCCAUUUUAAGCCAAAUAGGAGUCUCUGUUGAUCUGGUCAUUGGCGCCAUGCUUAUUUCAGCACCGGCUACCUUCACCGUCUGCAAACUUUUAAUGCCAGAAACUAAACUUAAGAAACAAGACAAAAUGUCAGACAUUGGGAACCUAGAGAAAAACAAGUACCCAAGUAUCCUGGACGCCUUUCAGUCGGGUGCAGCAGCCAUGGCCGCAGCCUUCUCCAAUGUCGUAAUCAGCGCCUUUGCCCUGGUCAGUUUAAUCUCUUGGGUGAACAAGACGCUGGAGUGGUUUGGGGAUAGAGUCGGUGUCCGAAGCUUUACCAUAGAGCUCAUUGCUUCCUAUUUGCUGUAUCCUGUUGCUUUGGGGAUGGGAGUUGAACUAGAUGACUGUCGGAAAGUGGCCACCGUGUUUGGAUAUCGUCUUGGUAGCUCCAAUGUAAUCGCAUUUCUCAAGUUGGCAGAGCUGAAAAGGAACAGGCUUCGUUAUGAAAAUUACGUAUCGCAGUUUGGAUCUAAUGCCACCUUGACCUUUCAAAACGAUGACGUCAUUCUGGACCUGUUGGGUCAAACUCUAAAGCAAGGAUUUAUUUCGGUAAGGUCAGAGGCCAUCCUGACCUACUCACUGUGUGGUUUCGCCAGCAUGCUAUCUGUGGCUAUUCAUCUCGGAAUCAUGUGUGCGUUUCUGCCCAAGAAAAAAAAGUGGAUCUCGCGGAUUUGUUUCGUUGCUCUUUUCGCUGGAAACCUAGCCAAUAUAAUGACUGGAUGUUUUGCCUGUUUAUUUUUCUAAUGACGAUGUCGCUAUGACAAACACAAAAGAGAUUUGAACGCAAAAGCUCUUCGGAUUUGUGAAUGUAAAAUGAUAUAUAUAAGCCUUAUAUUGAUAUUGUUGUAAGUUAUUAAUUUUUUUUAUUGAUAAUGACCCAGUGAAGCAUUUGAAUGUAUCGAAUACUUUGUUGAAGAUAUUUCAAUGUUGGGCAGUGCUGUUGAAAAUGUUUAAUCAAUCUUUACAUUGCACCUAUUGAAAUAUGUCUAUGUUGAUAUUGUUAUGACUUUGCAAAUAAAACAAAUAAUUGACACAA